AUGGAUUUACUACUUUCAACUCAAGACAGAGGCAGCAUCAGAGUUGUCCGGUUGUCUAAGAAAACCAGUGAUUCCUUGGAUAUUUCCAUAAAACACGAGUUUUGUAUUGGAGGAAGGGAGAAUUAUAUUCAAAAGAUUCUUAAUUUUAAAUUCCAGCAUAAACCUCAUAUGAUUAUUGCCAGAAAGAAUGGGUUAAUUCAGCUUUAUAAGAAAACCACAGACGAUGAUGGUAGUUCAUACUAUCAGUUAUGUAAAGAAUGGAAGAAUUCUCAAUUGAAUAUCCACGAUACUAUAGUCUCUGUGGGAUUUUUGAAUCAACAGUAUCUUUACAGUUGUUCUCGCGAUGGGAAACUAAUCAUCCGAGAUUUAAUCAAUGACGAUGCUGACGAAGGAUACAAGGUCUAUUUAAUCCAGUCUCCAGUAGCUGACAUUGCUAUGAAAAUGAAAAACAACAUUACUAUGCAAGUUGUGAGUUGUGGUAAAAACAAUGACGUUAAAGCAUAUGAAAUCUCUAUGGAUUCCCGGUCGAGUAAAUCUCCAUCUCCUCCAAUGACGACAUACCCAUUGUCUAUAGACUUGAGAUACAUAAGUUUGAGAAAUCAACCAUUGCGUCGAUCACUCACGAGUUUGAAUCUUAGAGAUGAGUAUACUCCACCUACAAGAGGUGGUAGUGGUUCUCCCAACUCAGAUCGCCAAGUUUCCACUCUCAGUCCAAUUUGGAGUUCGUUAACUCAUUAUCUGGAUUAUGUAUAUAAUGCCCAUUCUCUUGAAAAGAUUUCCAAUUGGAUUGUCUCGGUUGCAAUAAUGGGAACAAAUAUACUUUGUGGAAGUCAAUUUGGGAAAUUAGUAUUGUAUAAUUUAGCAUCUGAUGGAUAUCCAAUAACCACCUUGACAUUAUCCCAAUUCCCCAUAUUGAAUUUGAAACCAAUUAGUGAUGAUUUAUUAAUGUAUUCUGAUUCAAUGUGUAAAGUUGGAAUUCUUCGAGUAUCAUUAAUGAAGAUUGUUUUACAAUAUGAUGAUUUGAAAAUAGGUCCCAUGAGUCAUUUCCAAUACAUCUUACCUGGAAGUAUAGGCACUUCCACCACCAAAGGUCAUCGAAGAAAGAUAAGUGGUGGUGUCAAGUUUGAUCCAAUGUAUGUUCUCGCAACCACCUUUGACAAGCGAAUGGUUAUUUAUAAAUUAUUCGAUAAUUCAAGGUCCGAGCUCUUACUUGAUUGUAAAUUGGGAGAUUCUUUAAUUCCAUCAGUUAGUUUAUUGAACAAGAAUCGACUGGAUUAUGAAAUGAUCCAUUCUAUAUUUGGCAAUGAUGAUGAAUUGAGUGAUUCUAGUGGAUUGGAUGAAGAACUAGUUAUCACUAAGAAGCGACGGUUAUCGGUAAUUCGAGAAAAGUAUGAUAAUAGAAUAGGUGAAUUGGAAACCCCCAAGAAACCGAAGCAACAAUUUGUGAAUAUGCUGCGGCAUGGUUCCAUUGAGGAAGAGUUAGCGGAGGGUGAUUCAGAGCUUUUGGAAGGAAUUUCUACACGAACGUCAAAGACAACACACGAACAUAAUGAAUGCGACGAAAUUCACGAUGUAGAGUUUAAAUAG